AUGAAGAUUGCAAAUAAUAUUACUGAAUUGAUCGGUAACACCCCAUUGUUGUACUUGAACAAGUUAGCCGAGGAGAAUGGAGCAGUAGCCAAGAUUGCCCUGAAAUUGGAAUCUCUGGAACCAAUGGCCUCCGUCAAGGAUCGUAUUGCCUUGUCCAUGAUUGAAACUGCUGAAAAGGAAGGAAAGAUUGAGCCCGGAAAAACAGUUCUUGUUGAACCAACUUCAGGAAAUACAGGAAUUGGUAUUGCAUUCAUUGCAGCAUCGAAGGGUUACAAGUGUAUCAUUGUCAUGCCUGACUCGAUGAGUAUCGAACGUCGCGUCGUUUUGAGAGCUCUUGGUGCUACAGUCAUUCUCACCCCAGCCGCAAAAGGAAUGAAAGGAGCUGUAGCUGUUGCUGAAAAAUUGUUGACGACUACACCAAAUUCAUUUACUUUGGGUCAAUUCACCAAUCCAGCAAAUCCUCUCAUUCACUAUAACACAACUGGACCAGAGAUUUGGAACGAUACUGAUGGAAAGGUUGAUAUUUUCAUUAGUGGUGCUGGUACUGGAGGUACUUUCACUGGAUGUAUGAGAUAUUUCAAUGAACAAACAGAGAAGACUGGACGUCACAAAGUUCAUGGCAUUGUCCUCGAACCUGAGGAGUCAGCCGUCAUUUCUGGUAGUUCACCAAGUCCACACAAAAUUCAAGGUAUCGGAGCUGGAUUUAUUCCACAAACUCUUGACACCACUCUAGUUGAUGAAAUCGUAAAGGUUCACUCCGAACAAGCCAUCAAACUUGCAAAAGAUGCUGCCAUUAAGGAAGGAUUGUUUGUUGGUCUAAGCUCUGGUGCAGCCAUCUAUGCUGCUUUGGAAGUUGCCAAGAGACCUGAAAAUGAAGGAAAACUCAUUGUUGCCAUCAUUCCAAGCUUUGGAGAGCGUUAUUUAAGUACUGUAUUAUUUGCCGAUUUAAGAGAAGAAUGUCAAAACAUGAAAGCUGUAGAUCCUGACCAAUUUUAA